AUGGGCACCCGAUGCCUCCUGGUUCUGCUUCUUGUCCUUCUGGUAUUGAGAGGCGAUGUCCAGGGGGAUGACAUGGCCCGGCAAGAUGAAGCCACGGGCCCCACCCUGCUCUCCCAGAUGCAGGAAUCACUCUACGGCUACUGGGGCUCAGCCAAAGCGGCCGCCCAGGACCUAUACAAGAAGACAUAUCUGACCGCUGUGGAUGAGAAAAUCAGGGACAUGUACAGCACAAGCACAGCAGCCGUGAGAAUUUACACAGGGAUUCUCACUGACCAGAUACUUUCUAUGCUGUCGGGAGACUCCUAG